ACACGAUUUAGUUAGUAUUGUAUGUACAGAUAGUACAGUUAUCAAAAGAAUAAUAACAACUGACAUAAUUUGAGAUGUAAUUAUGUCACUAAUCGACGUCUAUUUAGUUAUUCCACUAACCUUCCACCCAGGAGAUGACUUAUCGAAAAUCAUUUUACUUACUAAUUUCUACACGAGUACAGAGUAUUUUUUACAGUCUAGUCUUCAAUCAUCUGUGCCAUUUUUUAUAUCAAAGCGUGUUUUUUUCGCUAAAUACCGAAAAAUCCACCAAACAAUACAUCAUGAAACAGUUAUAUUCCACUGUUAAUAAAUCUAUAAAGCGUCACAGAAAAUAUUACACAACAUAACAAUAUCAUGGAAGGUGAAGUUCACCGUGAUCAGAUGCGUGUAAGAUAUGAAGGACUAGUAAGGAAGUAGGGAAAGAUAGAAAGAAGAGGGGGAGUUGUCGGGAUGAAGUUUUUGAUAGAAAGAGAAUGGGAACAGAAAGAGAAAUUGGGUCGGCCAAAAGUCCAGCAAUGAUAAGGACACCUUGGUUCAAUUGUUGUCUCCUUACUGUCUUCUACCGCUCUUCCCGGGCUCUUUCCUCUGUCCCCUCUUCCCUCCACAUUUAUACAUCACCCCCACAUUACUCCUCCUCCCAAAUUUCUCAAACACAAAACAAAUCCGAAUUUCGCUUUUACAACCAACCAACAUCCUUUUUUAUAUAUAUAUAUACACAAACAAACACAAACUCACACAAUCAAUCACACGUUUGUAUCGGAUUCUGUGAGACUUCUUACAACUCCUCUGUUUUUUCUGAAAGAAAGAAAGGUGAAUAUACGGGGUUAAAUCUGUUCUUCUGGUAAAAUGGAUCUUCAAUUGGGACUUGCUUUUUCAAGUGGUACGAUGGAUAAAGGGUUCGACUUGAAUUCCUCUGAAAUUGAGGUUAGAGGGGAUUCUGAGGCUAGCCCAUUUGGCAAUUCUGAAUGCAAUUUCAAGAAACGCAAUUUUGGUGAAGCAUUUGAAGAAGAGGGAAGAAGAAUUGAUGUUCCUCGAACUCUGCCUUUGCUCGUGUGGGAUAAACAGGGAGGAGAUGAUCUGGAUGAUGAAGCUGACAGCAGCUCUGUGAUGAAUAACAACAAAAGUGAAAGAAAUGAUGUUCAUGGUGGUGUGGUAGGUUGGCCUCCACUUAAUCCAUGGAGGAAGAAAAUUUGCCAGAGCAACCACCGUCAAGGAUGUGCCGUCAACUGUGUAGCGGUGGAGAACGGCGGCGGCGGAGCUGGCAUCAGAGGGAAGAAUUCUAUGUACGUGAAAGUGAAAAUGGAAGGUGUUGGGAUUGCGAGGAAAGUGGACUUAAACCUCCACUAUUCUUACCAGACUCUUCUUCAAACUUUGAUUGGCAUGUUUGGAAAAUAUCAGGAAAGUGUUCAAUUUUACCAGCUUGAAUACCAAGAUGAGGAAGGUGAUUGGCAACCAGUGGAAAAUGUCAAUUGGGGAAAGUUCAAAAGGACUGUGCAACGUCUGAAAUUGGUGAGGAAAGGAUGAUGGCAGGCAACUUCUGUGGCUGAUUAUCUUCUAACUACAGUAGCAGAGUUCAUCACCAUCAUAUUGCAGUUUCUAGCUUAUAAUAAGAUCAGCAUAGCUGCAGAAUUAUACUACAUGUUUUUUUUCUUAAAAAAAGAAGAGUUUAUAUAUAACAUCUAAGUUCUUAGUUUAUAUAGAAAUGUCGUCUUGUAGAGAAGUUGCUUGGUGGGAUUAAGCAUUUUGUAUUUUGCAUCAAGAAGAAAAAUUUGAGAUGAUGAGUUGUAGCUAAUGGGAAAAAACAGCCAACCUCUCUCAAUUUUGUGUUAGAAAUCUAGCAAAAAUCUAUCCAGAUCAGUGUUAUAUUUCACUAACAUUGCAUCUGCAGUUUGGUUUUAAUAAUUCUAUUUGUGAGAAGAGCCCCUAGGAAUCGAUUCUCGGUCUCUCAUGAAAUUCCUCUCUCUAAAUUAUUGGGACAACUCUCAAUUCCUAACAUUGUAAAAAAUAGCUAUAACAAUGGAAUUUGAAUCUUAC